GAUUCAGUACAGGGGAUUCCCCAGCUUGGCCGGCGCGGUGAAUGCAGGAUACGUUGCGAAGAUCGACAGUUUUGUACAAGGAAUUCAGCGUGACAGACGUGCUCAUUUCUGGUAGCAAACUGCGUCGUUUGUAAGGAAAUCUGAGUGAUUUUGUGCUUUUUAUAUUAUAUUGCUGACAACUGCCUGGUCUUCAAAGUUAAACGAACAGAACGUACGGCUGCUUACCAUUAACUCACAGCGGCCAUUUUGCUUGUUUCGUUUCUCUGGCGUCCAGCUUACAAAUUGUCCUGAAAAUGUCUCUACCGUGUGAUGUUGAGACAGAUUGUGCUAUGGAAAGUCCGGCUGAAGCCUCUAGUAAAAUGAAGAAUCUACCAUUCGACCCUAAAUACCGACACCUGUCUGGAGUGGGGACAAGCGACAGGUUUGACUCACACGACUCGGGCAUUGACUCGUACCGCUCUGUGGAUUCUUCGUUUUGUUUCAGUACUGACUCCGGGCGUACAGAAAGCCCUCUUACAUCGAUAAAUGAACACGAAUCCCCACUCUCACAACGACUGGGCAAUCUUCACAUUUCGUCAUCAUUAGAGAGGUGCAAGGAUCAGGAAUCACGGACAGAUACUAAGCUAAACACAGCAGUAGAUGACGAAGCUUUUGUCGAUAGCCCAGCAACCGGGGAAGGGAUCAGUCACCUCAGUGGUGUAGAAGCCUCAACGGUAGUUCCAACGGAUGAAACAGACCGUUCCGGCCACGGUCGGUAUCUCACAGAUGAUGCCUAUGAUCAGGACCAGGAAGGAGAUACGCCACUUCAUCUUGCAAUCAUCCAUCAGAAGGAAGACAUAGCUGUGAAUUUCAUCAGAUUAACAUUGGACCCUGACUUGUUGAACAUCAGAAAUGAUUUGGCACAGACUCCUCUGCAUCUGAGUGUGUUGACUAGACAGCCGGUAAUCUGCCGGGCGCUCAUUCUUGCGGGAGCACAGGUAGAUUCCAUUGAUCGCAAUGGUGACACUCCUCUCCAUAUCGCUUGCAAGCUGUCCGAUGAUGGAUGCAUCCGAGCGCUCACCGAAAGAAUCUCACCACUGGAGUUGCAGAAAGGGAUGGUCCAGCACACUGCAGCCAGGGUACAGCAACUACCACAGGAUUUGGAACUGAGAAACUUUGAAGGGUUUACAUGCAUCCAUAUCUUGGGGUUCCUUGGUGAUUUGGAACACCUGGACUACCUAGUCCAACUAGGUGCCAACAUCAAUGCCCCAGAUGGCAAAAGUGGCAGGACGGCUCUUCAUUAUGCUGUUGAGAUGGGCAGCCUCAUGCUCACCCAUCACCUCGUCAAUGUGUUGGAUGCUGAUGUGGAUGCCAUGACAUAUGACCUCUGCACACCUUUACACCUAGCUGUGGGCCGUCAGUUGAAAGCCAUAGUAAUGCUGCUCGUUGAGAGUAAGGCUGAUACAGAUGUUACCAACUUUGAAGGCGACAGGCCGUGUGAUCUCUCUGAUGACAGUCAGAUCAUGAUGUACGUGAAGAAGCACCCUCAUGAUGACAAUGAGAUGAUCUAUUCUGACAUCAGAAUACAGGGACAGUAAAGAGUGAAUUCCUCCAUGGUUUUUCAGUCUUGACUAAACUGUGUAUUAAUUUAUAAAAUGCUUUCUUUUCAGAGGGUUGCUGUGCAUGGAGGAAGCAUUUGAGGAUUCUUCCUGUGUAUUUACCUGUAACUGAAUGUACAUUAAUUAAGUUUGUAUUAAAACUUCAUUACAGUUUUCUGUACAGUUAGGUGUUAAUUGCAUUGAAUAGACUGGCAUUUGAUUUUUCCUUAAACAGAACCUUUGUCUUUUCAUUGAAUCAUGAGGAAUCAGUACAUUGAAGGACAUGCUAGUUACAGUAGCAUCAUAGGCUAAAGUUGCUUCAAAUAGCGAUACAACAGUAGAAGAUUCCUUGUAAUUUAUGCCAGGUUCAACUGCUUGAUGUGGGCACACUUAUUCCGUAGUAGUUAGCACAACUACUUUGCCAUCCACUAACAGUAAUGCUGUACAAACACUUUUCAAGACUCACCAACUCAGGCUUUUUGUCCUCACAGAUAACUUGAGGUAACAUUGCCCCUUUUUCCAAAGAAGGCUUUAUGUCAUAACAUAAAAAAAGCCAGAUUUUGGUCCAUGAUGUUAACUGCAAGGCUUGCUACCACAAACCUUGUUCUUAAUGUGCCACCUUCACCAUGAAAGUUUCCAAACUCAUUAUACAUGAUGCUCUAAUUGAUUACAUAAGACAAAAAAACAAACUCUGUUGAAAUCAGCAGUGCACCACCUGUAACCUAAAGUACACUUUCACAUAUUGGGAAUUGAAUCAGUAAAAAAGUAACAAACACAAAGUUUGAAAAAGGCCGGUGCUGUAAUAAUACAGCACAUCUAUUUCUAUAUAGACCGCUCUAAGCCAUGCAAAGAUGCAGUUUUGGUGUACAUACCGGUAUAAAGAUACGUAAUGGUGGUAUGUAAUGAUAUAAAUGAAUUGUAUUCGUAAUAAAUAGAUUUUGGGUUUUGCUUAUAUAUGGCUCACUCUUAGUUUUCCUUUUCAGUCAUUGACAAGUUAAGCAUUGUUUUAUAUAUAUAUAUUAAUUGAAUUUGUUUCAAACUGUAUAAUUCUUAAUUCAUAGAAACUUUUUGGAAAUUACAUUGUACAUGUCGAUGUGGAUUACUAGGAGACAGUGAGCUAGGAGUAGGUUUAUGGUGUUAAUCGUACAGCCUCAUUCAUGUACGUUUGAUUGGAGUUUUACAAGUUUCUUGUACUGGAGGGAAGUCUGUCCAGAGUAAUUUGAGAACCAAAUUUAAGAAUUCUUUAUGAAAAAGAUACAAGUGCGUAUAUUAGUGAUUUAGAUGUAUACUAACCUGCAGUGUUAAGACAUCAGACAGUAAAAGCAAAACUACUGCAUGACAGUCGAUCGCAUACCUUGUAUUUGACACAAAAAAAACAGUUUUCGUCUUGCUGUAAUAUGGAAAGCCUGCCGCAUUUUGUUUAAUUUUCACAUAAAUAUGACAAGGAAAACAAGAAGCGAAACUGAAGGACCAAGUGGGUGUAAUAUUGAGAGCUGUCUGAGUCACAGGGAUUUCCCUUGUAAUUUUAAGCCCCAGUCUUCUGGUUGCAUUUCCUCCUAAACCAGGUAGUUCCGAAAUAAUUGUCCUAGUUUUUGUUCCCUGCAAAGACAAAUUUAUAUAGGUAAUUUCGAAGGUUCUAUGAAGUUAACUUGGCCAUAAAGGUUCCAGUCAUAUCUAAAAUUAUUUCAAAUGAAGUUGGCGUAAAUUCAUGUUGUAUUUCUGUUAAUCCACGAGUGUACAAAUUAAAGUUGUAGGCCAAUUGCAUUAACACAAAUCAUUAAUAUCAGGAGAAGACUUAUCGAUAAGAAUUAAGUAAUUUAACGUUGUAAUUUUUGUUCACAAGAGCUCAUUGUUUUACCCAUAUAUUAUAAUUUCUGUAUCGUUAAUCCGGUAUAAAUGGAGUUUUACUGCUUAUUUUGUUCAGAAAAGUCGUAUAUUACAUUUAUUAAAGCACCAACAUGCCCCUUGCACGUCCAAGUACAACAGCUGAGUUUUUCCUGGAGAAGAGCGCGAUUCGAACUUCAAUACACGUGACAGAUAUAUUUAUUGGUGCUAGUGCCACGUGUAUUGGGUAUUGAUGAAAUUGGCGUCGAGGACCUUUUUGUCGUUUAAUAGCCGAGUGCCCACUGACAAAUCUCCAAACGGAGCAAUUCGAAUUCCAAAUGGAUAGACACUGUACUGGGAGUCCUGGAAAGUGCUGAGAUUUAUGCUUAGUUUGCGAUGUAAAAAUGUUCAUAACUGACGUUCUUUAGUAUAAUAAAGUCAAUGGUGAGACAGUGUACGACUA